AUGGCUUGCUCGAGUAAGGAGGUGCUAGAACUUGUGCCUUAUAAUGGAUGCGCCCACGGUCACUGCCCCCAGGCAGGAUUGAACUACCGACCUUCGCUUACUAAGCGGGUGCUCUACCACUGA